AUGAGUGUCCAGACUAGAGCUACAAAGUUUGGUUAUGGAGUGUUUACUUCCAUUUGGAUGGGUCUUAAGCAGCGAGGCCUUCGAGGAACCUUGAAGCAGCUUUGUGCCAUGGGAGAAAUUAAAAUCGGUACACUGAAGGGACAGGAUGAACAUGGAAACAUGUACUACGAGAAUCUGAACUAUCAGUUUGGAAGACAUCGAUGGGUCGAAUACCAGGGAUGGAACUGGAGAUUUGAUUUUGACCAAAUCUCUCCUUCUUGGUUGGGUUGGCUUGCGAGUUCGUACGAUGAGACCCCUGAUGAGCAAGUGGCUUUGCGUAACCAGAAAUGCAAGGAGAUUAUGGAUCUGACCACUCUCCACAACUCGGCAUUGAAGUGUGAAAGUAAUUUAGGCGGUGUGAUUAAGCCUCACGAGGAAAAUCAAACCCAAAUGCGUUAUCGUUCCUACAAGCGGUGGGGAUUUAAGGAUGCCAAGCCGGAGGACAGCUACUGGCUCAUGGAUACGCAUCCUAUGUACAUGGAGCAGGCUCGUAAGAUUGAUCCUUAUAUCGAGAAGUGGGAUCCGAAGAGUGUCUAAAGAAAUAGCCGUUACGAUUGUUGU